GGCGCUGGCUCUCCAGCUGUUUGUAGGCCUGGGGGCGAGGGUCCGCGCUAGGUAGAGCCGGCUGCGGACCCGCCCGCCCACUCGCCGGUCGGGCCGCGGGCUCCCGCCACCCCCGCGCUCCCGCUGCGGCCGGCCGCUUGGCUGGCGGCUCCGGAGCGGCUGCACGCGCUUCUGACUGACGGCCACUGUUGCCCACAGCACGCGCUGCCGGCCACGUCCCGGGGUUCGGCCGACGGCACUGCGUGGCGGGUGACCUUUCCGAGCCCGGCGCGAUGACGACUCCUUGCUCUCGGCUGGGGCGGCUUCCUCGACGCCGCCAGCUGGGGCUCGUGCAGUUCCCGCCGCCGCCGCGGCUGUGGCUGCAGCUGCUGCUGCUGCUGGCGGCCGCGGGGCCGGCGCGCGGCUGGGAGAGCGGAGACCUGGAGUUGUUUGACUUGGUGGAGGAGGUGCAGCUCAACUUCUACCAGUUUCUCGGGGUGCAGCAGGAUGCUUCAUCUGCAGACAUCAGAAAAGCAUAUCGUAAGCUUUCACUAACUUUGGUGGCCAUUUAUGAAGUUUUAAAGGAUGAUGAACGAAGGCAGAGGUAUGAUGAUAUUCUGAUCAAUGGACUUCCAGACUGGCGACAGCCUGUAUUCUACUACAGGCGGGUGAGAAAAAUGAGCAAUGCUGAGCUGGCAUUGCUGUUGUUCAUUAUUCUCACAGUGGGUCAUUAUGCUGUGGUUUGGUCAAUCUACCUGGAAAAACAACUGGAUGAACUGCUUAGUAGAAAAAAGAGAGAAAAGAAAAAAAAGACAGGCGGCAAGAGUGUGGAUGUAUCAAAACUUGGUGCUUCAGAAAAAAAUGAAAGAUUGCUGAUGAAACCACAGUGGCAUGAUUUACUUCCAUGCAAACUGGGAAUUUGGUUUUGCCUUACACUAAAAGCAUUGCCUCAUCUCAUCCAGGAUGCUGGGCAGUUUUAUGCUAAAUACAAGGAAACGAGAUUGAAGGAAAAGGAAGAUGCACUUAUUAGAACUGAACUCGAAACACUUCAAAAACAGAAGAAAGUUAAAAAACCAAAACCUGAAUUUCCUGUAUACACACCGUUAGAAAGUACAUAUAUUCACUCUUACGAUCAUGGAACUUCCAUAGAAGAAAUUGAGGAACAAAUGGAUGAUUGGCUGGAAAAUAGGAACAGAACACAGAAAAAACAGUUGCAAAAUCAUAGCUCAACUUCAGUGAAUAUAGUUGACCCAUGA